GGCAGGCUGACAGCAGCCAAGCAGCGACUGCUGAGACACACACAUACAAACACACGGAGUCUCUUGAUGCAGCAACAAGAAAGACCUCUUUAUCGGUUGUUGGAGUAAACACAUUUUCGUCAUCAGGAGCUGUUUUUUUUUUUUUUGUUUGUUUUUUAAUCACAGGAUUCGCGUCAUUACGCGCAUUCCUCAACAGGGUUUGCGCAUCUCCAGUUGCAAAUUGAUUUCUGUUCUCCACGAGAGCGCUGCGUUAAUUCUUCCUGCCCGAGAGAAAGCUCUCAUAGCCAUGCUCCAGCAGCGACUGAAGAAGUGUUUCAUCUGAAAUUCUUGUUUUUCAAAAAAUGGAACCGCAUCUGUCCAAACCAGAAUGCAAAAACAUGGACGCGUGUCUGAGACGGCUGAAGCAAGAGCUGGUGUCUAUGAAAGAAGCCGGAGAUGGCCUCCAUGCUCAGAUGAAUUCAAUGAUGGGUGCCCUUCAGGAACUCAAGCUCCUUCAGGUUCAGACAGCGCUAGAAAACCUUGACAUUUCGGGACGGCCCAUUAACAGAGGACCCCCACAUCCUACUCCACCAGCUUCUCUUGAAACACCAGGUACAGGAGCUUCAACAUCAGGCAAGGAUCACGGGUCCUGCUUUCAUCAAACCAUGUCCGAAGAACCCAGUGAGAGUCCGAUGCCAAGUCCACGGCCAUCUUUGGAGAGCAGGAAUACCUUUGGCCGAGAUGACAGGAGCACAUCUCUAAACAGAAGCAGCUUGGGAACCUCAUCUUCCUCAGCAUCCAGCCUUGACAGUGAGAACGAGAGAGGUGAAAGAAAUGCAAGAAGGGGACAAAGUGAACAUGACCUUGAGUCUGUACCCAGGAGGUGGUCAGGAUACACAGCCCCGCAGGUGGAUUUCUAUGGACCAAUGGUGGGAAACCCUCCACCGGAGCCCUACAGUCAUCCACAGGCUCCCCAGCGUACUCAGGUAGUGGACCUUCCUGGAAUCCUGUACAGCCUCUCCAGAGAGGGCCCUUCAUUGGACAGUGAUUAUUCCCAAGACAGCACAGACGAUGGCAGCGACUGGACUUCUUCACUCAUGAGCCGCAGCCGCAACCGUCAGCCAUUGGUGCUGGGAGACAAUGUCUUUGCCGACCUUGUGGGCAACUGGCUGGACCUGCCUGAGGUGGACAGGGAAGAUGGGGAGGAGGAGGAGGAAAGAAGGAAAAGGAGAGAGGAGAGGAUACUGGAUGGAGGGGCGAACAGACCAGACACCCCAGCUCACCCUCUACGUCUCAGUCGCUCACAGGAGAUCUGCAGGAAGUUAUCGUUAACCACAAACAUCUUCAAGAAGUUCUUGCGCAGCGUCAGGCCUGACAGGGACAAGCUGCUCAAAGAAAGACCUGGCUGGAUGGCUCCCGAGCUGCCGGAGGGUGACCUCUUCAAAAGGCCGAAGAAACUGGUUCCUAAAAGUUCGAAAGGCAGCUUCUACUUGCCCUUCUGGGCAAACGGACAGCAGAGCAAAGGUAGGCCAUGUCUGCAUCUAUCUGAGGCAGAGCGGAACUACCUACACCACCAACACAACUUCCCCCAGGUCCACCAGCCGCCAUUUGCUGGGAUUUAUUUAGACAGGAGACAACCAGAGACUGGUCUGGAGAAAAUGCAGCCCUUGUUUGACUACAACACAGCUGUGUGGGUUUGACUGUGAGGCCAACAGACUGCCAGUGAUGCCAGACUGAGUGAGUGACAGGUGCUGGGGGGUUUUGGCUGAGCGGGAGGGGAAUGAAUGAAUGACUGAGAAAGUGGCUUGGAUACAGUUAUCUUCCAAAAAUGAACCGAUGGAACUUUACACCCAUAACGAGAUUAUCAGGGCAACAUUUUGUCUGACAAUCCGAAAACCUAAACCUCGUUUGCAGCACGUAUCUGAGUGUGCGAGUCUGUGCUGGAGAGUGUCUGAGAAAGAGUAACAGAGAAAAAAUAUGCUGCAAGUUUUUUAUAAUUCUUUUCUUGUGUGUGUGUGCAUGUAUGAGUGGGUUGUCUGGAUGUCUUAACAAACAGUAUGUUGACAUCGUUCUCAGAAUGUUACCAUCAUCACAGAUCUUUAUAAAAACAUCCAGACUUUUUCACUUUGACAUUUUCGUAUACUGUACAUCUCACUCCUUUGCAUCUACGGUUAGAAACACCAAAUGUUAUAUUGCAUGGUUACAGUUUUAUAAUUGAUGCUACCAAACAGCUGUUACUGAACGCACUGCCCGUCAUAAACUCCUUUUUGUUUCCAACAGGCCUUUACGCCUUGGAAACUCAGGUUUAACUGAACCCAUCAGUCUCAUUCACCUUGCUCAGGGAAUGAAUGUUACACAGGAGUAAACUUUGAGACACUGCAUUUAAAUGGGUUUCAGCUACAGUUUAGGAAAAUCUUGCCUCAUCUUUGCCUAGAAAGUCAUAACAGCAAUACAGUGCAUGAAUAGUUCAAAGAUUGCACAUUAAACUUGGAGAUCUUUCCAUCAUAAUUAGCAGUGUUGGGUUUGCUGUCAUGUUAGAAAUACUUAUUUUUCUUCUUUGAUGUGUCAGUGCAGCACAUGUUGAGUUAACUGUCCGUCAUACUGGGGUGCCAUGCAGAGUGAGGCGGGGGUGAAGAUGGCACAGCAGUACUAACUGACUGACUGCCAUCUGGUACUCUGUUAUCAGAAAACUUUAUUUAUUUUAUCUACAGGCUCAAAAAAGAUGCAAAACUGUUGGACUGUUUUAAUCCCAAAACUUUGUGGAUUAACUGAAUUAUGAUGAUGGUGUUACAUUUUGUAUAAACACACACACACAGAGGUGAAUACAUUACAGGGCUGUAACAUGGAUAAGACAGUUGAGAGUAGAGGGUUGAAUCAAGUUAAAUGUACAGCAUAUUGUACAUAUUUGUCAUCAACUGAACAGCAGCAAUAACGAACAUUAAUUAAAAUGUCCCAUCGCAUGACCUUCAUUAUUCCACACACAUAAAUAUGUCAGAGUAAUAAUCCAGUUCUGAAUUAUGAUAUGUAAACAGCAGCACCACGCUUGUAUUUAAACAACAGACUGGUGAGUUAAUCUUUGACCUACAGUAUCUAUUCUCUUGUAUCAUAAUAAACUGUUUCAGUGUUUUCAUCUCAAGCAGCAUCAUAACAGUUAAAAAGCUUUCUUCACAAAUUCACAGGAGUCCCUCAGGAUUACAGACAAUACUGCCCGUUAUGGCUUGUUUUUAUAGAAAAACCACUGUUAUGCAAGGACAAUCUGCUACUCUAACAUAUUACUAUAGAAGAAAACAGUUAAUUUCUUUCCGUUUUAAAAGGGAUCCCAGACCAAUCAACUUAGCCAGCAAGGAUUAGGCCUUAGGUCUUUUGGAUGUCUUGGUCAGUCGAUCCAUAUGGUGUUCUCUCAGUAUUCAGGUCAGUACAUACUGCAAAUGCAAAAGGGUCCAACACACGGUCACACAGAGCUUCUGCCAUGAAGCACAGUCCGAGAUAUUAUAUCACACAGUAUGUUGAUGUAAAUGUAACAUUUAUUUCCUCCUAUUUACAGCUGUCCAAGUGUAAUUUUCAGCACUGUUGUUGAUAUUUUUCAUAAGGGUUCUGCGAACCUUCUGUAGUGAUUCUGUGUCAUGUGCACUGUGAAACUGUCACUGACUCUUUGUAAAUUAAACCUGUUUUCAGACA